GGUAGGAAAUGGGUGGAUGCACGUCAGCUUUUCUCCAGCAGGUGACGCUGCACACCUGUCUCCUCCUUGCCAGGUGUGCGUGCGCGUGCGUGUCCUCCUAAAGCGCGCCAUGCAGGAGCGUCAGAUCUUCAUUCAGCUUCCGUUCAGCCUCCUCGGGAGUUCACUCUCCAAAAACAAGAAGAAGAAGAAGAAGAAGAAGAAGAAAAAGUGAGCUGAAUUGGAUUCCAAGUUUUCAUGUUUCCCCCCCACGCGGACUGAUCCAGGAAGUGGUGCUCCAAUGGCCACCAACGUGAGUCGUCCCCAUGGUUGCGGAGUGGGCGUGGCCUCCUUCUACUACAAGUUGUGCGACCUGGACUCGGCGUGGGGCGUGGUCCUGGAGGCGCUGGCGGCGGGCGGCGUGGUGGUGUCUCUGGUCUUCUUCAUGGCGCUGCUGGCCCUCGUGCCUUUCACCCGAGACAAGAACCGCAGGGGGUCGGUGGCGCUGCACGCCGUCUUCCUGGUCUGCACGGCCGGCCUCUUCGGCCUGACCUUCGCCUUCAUCGUAGGCGAGGACUUGGCCACCUGCGUCUCGCGCCGCUUCCUGUUCGGCGUGCUGUUCGCCGGCUGCGCGUCCUGCCUGCUAGUGCAGGGCGCCCGUCUGAGCGUCUUGGCCAGGACCAACAGCGCCCCGCCGGCGUGGACCUGGUGCGUGGGCGCCGCGGCGCUUUGGGCGGUGGAGGUGGUCAUCAACGCCGAGUGGCUGAUCAUCACGGUGGCGCGUCAGGCGGGGGCCCGGCCCUGCGACGUCCCUAAUCCGGACUUCGCCAUGGCGCUGAUCUACGUGAUGCUCCUCCUCGUGGGCGUGGUGGCGGCCGGCGCCAGCGUAUUGGCGGGAAAGUACACGCAGUGGAAGACGGAGGGCGCUCGAGUCCUCGCCAGCGGCCUCCUCUCCGUGGGGAUUUGGGCUGCGUGGGUGGUCAUGUACGUCUACGGGAACUCGGAGGCUUCCUGGGACACGCCCACGCUCGCCAUGGCCCUGGUGGCCAACGCCUGGGUCUUCCUGGUCCUGGUCACCAUUCCACAGGUGUGCUGCUCGCCCGGCGACGAUCCCGACUUGGGAGCCAACUACGGCGUGGACUAUGAGACCAUCCUGAAGGAGAGGAACCCUCACAUCUUGUUCAUGGAGAACAAGACCUUCUCCAUGGAUGAUCCGCCCGCAGGGUCCAAGCCGGUGUCCCCCUACAACAACUACAGUGGUCACGCGAGGAGUGGCGUGUACCAGCCCACCGAGCUGGCCCUCAUCACACGGGCCGGCACCAACCCGCCCGGCUCCACCAUUCCCAGAGUCUCCGCCCACUCUGCGGACAUCUGCACUGGCUCCACCCCCUCGCAGCACGAAGACACGCCGAGCGUUGUUUAUGCAAAUGGAAGCAGUGGGUGUGUCCUCCACAGGACGUCUCAGUGGUGAACAAGUCCACUUCCUGCCUCAUCAUCCUCGUCAUCUUUAGCUCCUCCCACUUUGGCUUCUGACAGACAUGUAAAUAUGUUUUCAUUCUUCUGCAGCAGGGGUGUCCAAAGGGCAGCCCGCAGGCCACUUUAAAAAAUAAGACUACCAAAAAAUAAAAAAUAAGUGGAGUAAAAGAACUAACAAGCAAAAUGUAACAAAAAAAGUUUCAACAUUCAAACUAAUCAGUGGUGUGGCGUCAGGACCAGCAAGACCUUCUCUGCUGGUCUAACAUAACCAGAAUUACUCAUCUUAAUUAAAAAUAAGAGUAAUUUUGUAUUUACUUUCCCUAAAUAUGUAAAAGUAUUCAUAUUGUCUUCAUGUCAUAUUAUGCUCCUUCCAGCGAUGUUGUUUUAUAGUUUAUAGAGCUUUUAUCCAAUCAGAAUUCAGCUAACUUUUGUUGCCCUGCUGGACCAAAUCUGCCUUCAGAAUCAACAAUGCUGGCAUCCGUGCACUGUAAGUGAACAGGGACAUACAGUUGAUGGAUAAUUGCAAAAGCCAAUCAGAUCACGCGUUGUCAGUAAGGACUUCUAGCUGGCCUCAGGCAGAUAUAUAUUGUGAUGUUAUGAACUCCAUUACCCAGCAUGCCACAGUAGGUUGUUGAGUGUAUGUUUUGGAUGAGCACCUGUGGAGUAAACUUGAAAAAGUCAGCCAACACGCCUCAUCUGCAGUUUUAAUGACGAGACAAGACAUAUAUUUGCAAGGCCAUUUUCAAGAAGGAUAUUUAAAGAGAAACUACAUCAUGUCGGCCAAAGCUAGCUCAGCUGUCCAUGAAAUGGACAUUUAAAAUGUUUCUUGUCAUUUUAAUUUUGACUGUACCACAUAAGAUAUGUUUUAAUUGCUGAUGCGGGUUUAUUGAUUUUUAAAUGCGCCAGAAAAUAACCCAUUUUGUGCAAAGGCCGGUUGUGCCUAAAUGUGUUCCUGUGUAGUAUUUCUCCAGCAAUGUUCAUGUGGGGACAUCAAUGAUGAUCAUUGGAGAGGUCAUCAUUGAAGUGGCACAUCACUGACGGCCUAGCUGGGAAACGCACGGCCCGCCACUGAAAAUAAUAAAACAAAUAUGACAA